AUGAUAGCAGACGUCCAUCGGGGCGACCAGGACAAGGAAGAUGAAUGCAAGCCGUGUGUAAUUUGUUUGGAUAAAAUUGAAGAAAUAUGCAUUGCAAUUCCAUGUAAACACUCCAACUUCGACCUACAGUGUCUUUUGAUAUGGCUGGGCCAACGCCCCGCUUGUCCCCUAUGCCAGGCGGCGGUGACCGGAGUGAAAUAUGAUAUACAUGCCCCAGACGGCGAGAAGAUAAUUUGGAUACCAACUUCUCCGCCCACGGCAAGCAAAGAAAAUAUCCAUGGUCUUCGAAGCAGAAAUAGACGCAGAAGCAGACAGCAAGUUUCUCGUUCUGGUAAUGGAGACUUAGACUCUGCCCUGUUGCGCCGUCGGCAUAUAUAUCGGCAUCAGCUGUAUAGUCUACGGGUGGGCUCGAGCAGACGCACGGGUUACCGAGAAGUCACCCCUCGUAUGAUUGAUCGAGAUGAAAAACUGCUCUCUCGGGCUCGCAGGUGGAUCCGGCGUGAGCUGCAGGUAUUUACUUUCUUGAACCUACCGGAGAGUGAAAGGCAGGUUGACGGGGCUGUUCGAAUCGGGAACCCAGAGUAUCUGCUUGAAUAUAUUGUUGCCGUCAUACGCACGGUUGAUAUAAAGGGCAGUGCGGGACAGGCCGAGAUGAUGCUACGGGAUUUUCUGGGCAGGGAAUACGCAUGUUUAUUCCUACAUGAGCUGCAGUCCUGGCUGAGAAGUCCGUUUGAGACACUCAGGGAGUGGGAUGAAGCGGUUCAAUACGACGAAAGCGGGAUAUCAUGA